AUGAGGCCUGGAAUCGGCCUCGACAACACGGAACCCCGUCCCCGCAAAUACUCCGCCGUCGACUCUCCCUCCCUGCCCAGUGACCGCUACAGCGCAUCUCCCACGACGUUCUUCCUGGCUCGAGAUCCUGAUUCUCCGAGAACGGCAAAUGAUCGAAGUGCGGGUGUAGCAUCCCAAAUACCGGUUGUGAGCAGUCUACAUGAUACCAUCCAGGAGGCGGAGCGGUCCAUCAAGCACACCGACCCUCGACCGGCAGAGGCCAGGAGCGUGAGCCGGAGACGAUCUACUAUCAAGCCUGACGGGCAAGGACAUUUCCGACGACGUUCGUCCAACGUCAGUGCUGAAGCUGUACAAGCACCGCCUAACAGAGAAACGACACCAUCCCCUCUUCCAUCACGAGACAUCUCCCUUCCCAGUAGUCCCAAGUCGGUUUCGUCGAGAUCACUUCAGAAAUCCGACGAUGAGUUGACCAAUGAUGAGACAGGGAGCCAAGUAGUGGUCUCUAGUGAGGAAGAUGAAGGGGAAACACCUGGCGUUGUCCAGGACAGCCAACCCGAGCUUAUCAUGCCGAGUAUCACCAUGCCAAGUCGGAGACCUUUUACUGAACGUGGAAAACGACUGGGAAGGUUCAAAAUUAUGGUAGCGGGCCGCAAAGCCGUUGGCAAAACUUCCCUCAUCAAAUCGGUCGUUCAGCUUUGUGAAGAUAUCGUACAUGUGGACCCAAGCUUGUCGAAUUCUAUGAAGGCAACUCAACGUGAGGGCAACGGUUCUGACGAGUGGGCAAGCGAAGUCUACGCGAGCACCAAACCUUACCCCGCCUGGUGGCCCAACGUCGAGGAGAGCCGCAUAUUGAGGCGGAGGAAGAGUAUGGGCGAUUCGGUCCUGGAGAGGAACAUAUGUUUUGUCGAUGCUCCGGACGCCACCAAACUCGACAGGAUCAUUCAUUAUGUCGAACAGCAGCUUGUCAAUGCCAUGGUUUCGAUAGACCGGCUGACAAAUGAGUUCUCGGGCUUGUUGAGUGGGCGAGGAUCAUCACAUGUGGAUGUCAUCCUAUAUCUCAUCUCAAAAGACCACACUAGAGAUGACUGCGAGCGAAUUCGCCAACUCUCUGAGCUGUGCAAUGUUGUUCCACUUGUUGCAAAGUCGGAUCUUCUUUCUCAGACGGAGCAGGAUGAGAUCAAACAAAGUUUGGACACGACUCUGGCAGCACUGCCACGACUCCCUGUAUCGCUUUGUUCCGAAACCGAGGUCAAAGCGACGGCAACAGUACCCUACACUGUUACGUCGGCAAAUGGGCCAGAUCUCGACACCAUGGAUGCGUCGUUGCUCAUGUCGCCGGAAUAUAUCCAGCCUCUUGUCCCGUCGGAGCUAAGUCUUCUCGUGGAACAACUCUUCGAACCCGAGACCGUUGCCUAUCUACGGCAUACGUCGGCGCGGAAACUGGUUGCAUGGCAUGCGCGUCAUCCCAGAUUAACAACAGUGCCAUCACCCUCGCUUCCCUCGAUCCAUCACUCCACACUGGCGUCUCCGGUGCAAUCCUCUCUAAGCAAUUCCGCGGCGUUGCUACCCGUUGGGUCCGACAUUUCGCUCAACACUUCUAACAGUUGGGCGUUGGCGAAAGUGGCGGAUCAUACGCAACGAGAAGAACGAUUGGCUCAAGUCAGGUUGUCGAAAUGGGCGAGCGAGCUACAACUCAGUCUUCAACGCGAGCGGGAGAGAUACGAAAAGAUUGCCCGAGGCGAGCGGGCAGUGUGGCUAGUAGAACGGAUGGGAGAAGAGGUUCGCGAUGGUCGUAUUCUAUAUCCGGGGGACUAUUUGAACCCGACAAAACAUCAGCAGGCUUUGUUGCUGCAGAAGGGCAGAAAGAACGGGAUGGGUUACGAUGAUUAUGAGGACCACCACGACGUGAAGGCCGGCUAUCAGAUGCAUGACCCCUUGGGACUUCUCCGGUGGCAAGAUAGCAUGCGGACUCGUGGAUGGAUUGCUCUGCAGGUGGUAGGCAGUUUCGGUGUGGUGGGAGGUCUUGCUUUCUGGCUUGCUAGGACGUGGGGACUGACUGCCAGCAUCAACGACUGGGUGCAAGGCUUGCACAUGUCGGCGUUCGGGCAGGAAUGA